GAGGAGGAGCAGGAGGAGGAGGAGGACCCUGCUGGUGCUCGCAGCCGCAACGGACUGCGGGCCGCGACGGGGACGAGCGCGCCCAAAGACGCCUAGUGUGUGAGUGGUGGAUGUACAUAGUCGGAUCAGUGACACGUGUGAAACACCCCUUGUUGCGAGAGACGCUGCCCUCUUGCGGCAGACUCGGACGUAGCGAUACGCGUCCGAGUGAGAUGUGGAGAAAGCUGAUGCUGUUUUGUGCAAUUGCGAGGUGGUGCGGUUCUGUUCGUGCAAUUUUGAAGAGAGAACGUGACGAGUUCGUGUUAUUUACGCUCUGAGAAUAAGUGAAAAGAUAACUGUUGUAAAUUGCUAUUUGUGAAGUUGUGAAUUUUGUUCAUUUCUCAACAGACGAUUGUCACUUUUCACCCAGCCAAGUGUUACAAUGUCUAACUUGGUGUUGCAGUAAGCGUUGCUUUGAACAUGAAGUCUUGUUCUGAUGUUAUAAUAAAUUUGAAGUGUUGGCCAGCGAAAGAAACUAUAAUACUUGAUAGUGAGUAUGAUAAUCCAUUUUUAAUUAUUACGAUAAAUGCAGCCAUAUUAUUUGGGUGUAUUACAAUAGUUGCUUCUUUCUCGAUUAUCGGGCAUUUAGUGAAUAACGACACUGUCACAUAUUGAUCAAUAUGAUAUGAACUUCUGUAUCAUCUAAAUGGUUUGAUUUAAAAUGAAGAACGUGAAGCAAAUGUCUCAACUAGACUGAUAUGCUUUAAGUGUUUG